AUGGCUGAACUUGGUGCGUACACUAAGCUGGAAAACAAAGAGCUCAGAACGGAGUUUGAAUUGACAGACUUCCCUUUGCCCGGCAUAACUGAUAACAACUCAGAUGACAGAAGCCAAGGGAAAGACUCCUUGAAGGCCAUCUACCCCAUUGCUUCUGAUACGGAUGAUACUCUGGUUAAUAAAGUGCUUCUGGAAAAUGAUAAAAAAUCUAGUAUGAGAAUGGCUUUUAUGAAUUUAGCGAACUCUAUUCUUGGUGCCGGAAUAAUUACACAGCCGUUUGCAAUUAAAAAUGCUGGUAUACUAGGUGGGUUGAUAUCAUACAUAGCGCUCGGAUUUAUAGUCGAUUGGACAUUGAGACUUAUUGUCAUUAAUUUAACUCUUGCUGGCAAGAGAACAUAUCAAGGCACGGUCGAACAUGUUAUGGGCAAGAAAGGGAAACUACUGAUUCUUUUCACAAACGGGUUAUUUGCAUUCGGCGGGUGUAUUGGUUAUUGCAUCAUUAUCGGGGACACCAUUCCUCAUGUUCUCAGGGCUAUUUUCAGUCAGAAGGAUGGUGAUAUACACUUUUGGCUUAGAAGAAACGUCAUCAUAAUAAUAGUUACUAUUUUCAUUUCAUUUCCGUUAUCUUUGAAAAGGAAUAUAGAGGCGUUAUCAAAGGCAUCUUUUCUAGCCGUCAUUAGCAUGAUCAUAAUUGUUGUUACAGUGGUUAUUAGGGGACCUAUGCUGCCAUACGACUGGAAAGGUCAUUCUCUCCAGUUGCGAGAUUUUUUCGUAAAAACCACUAUAUUCAGGAGUCUCUCAGUCAUUUCCUUCGCGUUAGUUUGCCACCAUAAUACCAGUUUUAUUUUCUUUUCCAUGAGGAAUAGAAGUGUGGCCAAGUUCACUAGAUUAACACAUAUAAGUAUUAUUAUCUCGGUAAUAUGCUGUGGACUAAUGGGAUAUUCAGGGUUUGCGGCCUUCAAGGAAAAAACGAAAGGAAAUAUUUUAAACAGUUUCCCAGGAACAGAUACGGCAAUCAAUAUAGCCAGGCUCUGCUUCGGAUUCAAUAUGCUAACUACGUUUCCUAUGGAAAUUUUUGUUUUAAGAGAUGUUGUGGGUAAUUUAUUGCAUGAAUGCAAAAUUAUCAAAAAUUAUGAUGAGCACACUCAAUUAUCAGGUAAGCAGCAUAUAGUUAUAACUUCGUUGCUUGUGUUUAUCACCAUGGGUAUAUCAUUAACUACCUGUAACUUAGGCGCAUUAUUUGAACUGAUAGGAGCCACCACUGCAUCCACUAUGGCUUACAUUUUACCACCAUACACCAAUCUACUAUUAACUAGCAAAAAGAAGAGUUGGAGCGCAAAACUUCCUUUCUAUCUCUGUAUAUGCUUUGGCUUUAUGAUUAUGAUUAUCAGUAGCACUCAAACUAUUUUAGAUGCAGUUAAUGGUUCUGAUGGGCAACACUGCCAAAUAUAG